GGCAUCCCCCUCCUCCCUCCCUCCCGCCCGCCCUUAUAGCCCGGCCCGCGGCCCAGCGCGGCCUCUCAGCGCCGGGCGGGCCCGGCAUGGCCGCGGAGCGGGGCUCGCCCAGCCUCCUGGCCCUCCUGCUGCUGCUGGCGGGCGGCGGACAGCGGCCGGGAGCCGCCGACUACUGCAGCUGGAGGGGCAGCGGUUUGAGCUGGGAGCCCCGUUCCCGUGCGGUGGAGCAGGUCCAUCUGCGUUGCACCGAGGGCUCCCUGGAAUGGAUGUACCCAGCGCGAGCCCUGCGUGUCGUUCUGGAGCCCAACCUCUCCAGUGCCCGCCACACCACUGUCUGCAUCAAGCCUGCCAGUGACUUCCAGGGUGCCAGCGUCUACGUGGAACGUGCUGGGCAGCUGCAUCUGGUGGUAAGCGAGGCAGAAGGGGCUCGACCCCACCACGUGUCUUGCUUCAGUGCCCACACGCCGCAACGAGUGGCCCUCUUCCUGCAGGCCAGCCCGCAGAGGGACAUCAGCCGCCGGACGGCCAGCUUCCAGUACGAGCUGCUGACCAACCAGGGUGCUGCUGGCCCCGAAUUCAAAAAGAUGGCACUGGUCGAAGCUAUGUGCCGUCCUUGUGACAACAUGGAACUUCUUAUGGCCAUUUGCAGCAGUGAUUUUGUGGUGAAAGGAUCUAUCCGAAAUGUUUCCCACGAUUCAGAGAACCACAUGUCACAGGUUGAUGUCAGCGUCCAGAAAGUCUACAGACAGAAAAACAGAGUUUUCCAGCAGGACGAAGCAAGUGGUGAAUGGCGAGGCCCUAUACGAACCCUGCUGCAAUGCAAGGUGAAGAAGGGAGGUGGAGAUUUCCUUUUCACUGGAAAUGAACAUUUUGGCGAAGCUUGGUUGGGCUGUGCUCCUCGGUUUAAAGAUUUCAUGUUCAUUUACCGGGCUGCCAGAGAAAGAGGAGCCAACCCAUGUGAGUUUCAGCUCAACUGACAGGAGUGACACUGGAGUUGAGAGUUGAAAAACUUCAGCGCAGUUUUUGGAUACUGAGUCUGAAGUAGGGUUAAAACCAAGGACUAAAGCUAACAAUUUCACCAAAACUGGAGCCUGGAGAAUUUCCUGAAGAUAAUGGCUCUGUGAGCCCUGAAAACUCUGACUUUUAAUCCACAUUUGCAUUAGCUACAUUAAUUUCUCCUUCUUCACAUCUUCUUUGCCUCACAAAAUAACUCUGAAUUUUGAGAGGGUUGUCUUUUUUGUGCUUAGAAAGCAGCUUGUGGUCAGUAUUACAAAAUUCUCUCUAAUGUCUUUUGCUCCAUGUACCUACUAUGUGCUUCUUGUCUAGAUUUUUUUCUCUCUUCCCCCAUCUCUACUUGAUUUCCCUUCCAAAUGGCUCCUUUGGUUUUUGUUUGGUUGGUUUUCGGGUUUUUUAAAUGAAUGCUAACUAUAGUCUUAGCCAUAGUUACUAAACUUUCAGGCAGUUGACAGGUUUGCCAGGUUUUUUGCCUUCUGUACGUUAGCAGAGAGAUUAACUAACCCUCUGGGGCAAAAUCACAGCUGAUACAAUUCUGCAGCACUCUGUUGAUUUCUGCACAGUUGACAGCCUCUGAUUUUGUGCCCGUGCAAACAGGCCAAUGAGGGAUAUACUGCACUUUAGCUAAUAUGAACACUAACACUGUAUCACUACCAGAUGAGAAAAGGUGUUUGGGAAAUGCAUUGAAAUGAUCAGAAGUUCUAGUUGUAGCAUUGUCUGUGUGAGAGUGUAAUAUUUGGUAUUUGUAGUACUGGGCCCACAACUAGCUUUAGUUACUGUUUAGUACACAACAGGAAAGACCUAAGCGAACUGGCCGUUGUAAAGUAUUGGAGAAUGUACAGGGAUAUCUGAGUACUUGGGUUUUGAGAGCUGGAGAUCAGUGCUGUAUUUGAGAUUUUAAAUCGAAUACUUGUCUUUGGUUGUUAUUUGCACUGUAAAUAUGAGAUAAAAUAUGUUCUGUUAGUAUA